CUGAAAAUUCCCACAGUCAUGAAGGCAGCAGGGAUGAUGCUGCCUUAGAUCCAUACUACCUUGUUAGCAGGUUGCAGGCUAACUGAGCACAGGCGGCACAGUGCGGCUACGCGGGGAUGUCCCACCCUGUCUGACACGAGCUGAGCACCCCGCGGUUCUUAUCGGAGACACAGGAGCAGGACUAACUUCCAAACUUUGGCGACAUGACGACGCGGUCGGAGAGAGAAAAAGCCCAGAAACUGAACGAGCAGCAUCAGGCCAUCCUGUCCAAACUGCUGAGAGAGGACGACAACAAGUACUGUGCUGACUGUGAGGCGAAAGGUCCUCGAUGGGCGUCAUGGAACCUCGGGCUGUUCAUGUGUAUCCGCUGUGCUGGUAUCCACCGCAACCUGGGUGUCCACAUCUCCAGGGUGAAAUCAGUCAAUCUGGACCAGUGGACACCUGAGCAGAUCCAGAGCAUGGUGGACAUGGGCAACAGCAGGGCCAGGCAGCUGUAUGAAGCCCACCUACCAGAGAGCUUCAGACGGCCACAGACAGACCAAGCAGUGGAGGUCUUCAUCCGGGACAAGUAUGAGAGGAAAAAGUACUACGACAAGGAAGCCCUUGGUGCAGCUCCACAGAAGUCGUCUGAAGCCGCUCCUCCCUCCACCUCCCCGUCCUCGCAGGCUGACAGGAGCAGACAGGAGCUGCAGAAGGAGCGUGAGAAGAAAAAAGAGGAGAAGAAAAAAGAGAAGGAUGUGGAGAAACUCAACAACACAAAGCAGUCAGAGUGUAAAGUCAGUCCCAAGGAAAGCAAAGAGCCGGCUGUGGACCUGCUGGGCCUGGAUGCUCCAGAGGGUGGUGAGAAAGGCUCGGGCAGUGUUGCACCAAUCAGCGAUGAACUGGACAUCUUUGGACCAAUGGUCUCUAACCCUCUCCCCUCCUCCAACAACACACAGCAGGCUCAGUCUGGUUCCAGUGCAGCACCUCCGCAGGCGGACCCCUCCACCUCCUCCUCUGCCUCCUCUUCUACCUCCACCACUACCACCACGAAGGCGGAGCAGAAGAAGCUUUUAUCUAAAGACUCCAUCCUGUCUCUGUACGCCAGCAGCUCAGUGGGCAGUCAGCCGCAGAGCCAGCAACAGCCUGCUCCAGGACAAGCAGGUAUGUACAUGGGUCAGCCCCAGAUGCAGUUCACUGCGCAGGGUUUCGCUCCAGGGAUGGGCGGAGCCGUCCCACCAACCACCAUGAUGGGCGGAGGGGCCAUGAUGCCCGGCAUGGCUCUGCCCAACGGCAGCUACAUGGGCAUGCAGCAGCAGCAGCAGGGCGUGAUGCCAGCCAACCAAGGACAGAACUUGUACAGCAUGCCGCAAGGACAACAGCAAGGACAGUGGAGUAUGAGCCAGAUGACCCAGCAGAUGUCAGGCAUGGCCGUGAGUGGCGGAGGGCCGGCGCCAGCCACUUUUAGCCAGUCAGGGGCCCCUGCAGCUGGUUGGCCCACGGCUCCACCAGCGGCUUCCGGCCAGACCCUCAGCACUCAGUUAUGGAAGUGACGAGCUAGGGGGUCCAGAGGAUGAGUGGGAGGGGGGGGGAUAAAUGGUCAUAUGGCAACAAAAAUGUCCAAAUUUGAUCCUAACCCGCCCAUCUCCUCACAGCGCCCAAUAACAAACGCACAGCGGGGGUCAGUUUGACUGACUCCCAAACACACCUUCACCACGGUUACUUUAAAAAGCCAAGAUGACAUCACACUGGAUGGGAUGAGGGAAAAAAGAAAGACUGGCAGCUGUUGUUUCUCGUCUUUAUUGGACUUUCCUCUUCCUUUUUGGUUCGCUUUAGUUGUUGUUGUCUGAAGAAAGAGGCAAAAAACAAACAAACAGCAGAAUCGGCAAACAAGAGCGCUGCUGGACCGAUAACUCCCAGUGUCCUAGUACUAUUAUAUCAUUACCAAAAUAGAUAGUUAGUGAAUAGUCUUUCAAUACCUACAGUAGAUAUGGCUAUCUUGUGGUUGGUCUAUGCUACCCCGUCCUCACCCUUCUCUCUGCUGUGUAUAUUGUAACCCCCACCCCCUCCUCCCUCCCUCCUUCCCCUCCCAUCCCUCCCAAUCUGUGUAGGGCAGGCAGAGCCUCGCAGCAGAUAAUCGUCUGAUCAGUACUGUAUUUAUGUGAAUAAGAUGUGAAUCUCCACUUUGUCAGAGCCAUAGGAAAGAGGCCGAUGCUUCGCCUCUCAGUGAUUGGUUUGAAUUCUCUUCAUCAUGCAACACUUCAUGAAGGGAAAUGAUCAGUUUACUUUGACUGACCUGAGCAUAAAGCUGCUCAUACAGCAGAUGUUAGUUUGCUCUGAUUCUCCGAGUCAUCGUCACAUAAUUUGACCAUUUUCCCCACAAAGAAUCCAAACACAAGUCAAACAGUGUGUCAUUAGAUACACUCCACAGUACCCACCACUGAUCAGCUCACCAGUAAAGAUCUUAUACACCAGUGGUUCCUAACUUUGGGGUGGAGUCACAUCACUUAGAAAUAAGAAAAAAAGUUUAUUUUUUAAUCAUUUUUCUGAAUCUUUGCUGUUUUAUGGUGAAGUACUCACCUCCUCAGACUUUUCAACUGAAAAAAUCAUUAGAAAAAAGAACAUCACUCUGAGCGUCUCCCACGGUUUCUUUAAAAAUUGACCAGGGGGCGCAAGUAGGGCCAUACAGCCUCUACAGCAAUACAUAAAAAAACUGAAUGACUAAAAUAGACGACUAAAACAUAAAUGAAACAUCUAUAUUUUAAAGCCUACAUGUGAAAAAAAAAAAAAAAAAGUAACUGCAUCACGUGAUGGGCUGCCAUUAUUGUGCAUAUUAUUUAGCAAUACAACUGAGGACUGUUGGUACCAGAUUUUCUGGAGUAGUUCCACAUUUUGGGAAAUAUCCUGAUUCACUGUCUCCUUGAGGGCUAGAUGAGGAGAUUGAUACCAUUCUCAUGUUUAUCUGCUCAAUACCAAGCUGGAGUCAGCUUAGCUUACAGACUGGAAGCAGAUGGAAACAGCUAGCUUGGCUCUGGCCAAAGUUCUCAAAAGCUCACAGAUGGAACACGUUGUAUGUCGUUCGUUCAGUUAAAUUUGUAGUUUUAGGGAGUUAUGUGAUGUUACUGCUUUUAUGAACUCUGGACAGAACCAGGCUCCUCCGCCUCCAUGCUAACGUAAUCACCUCCUCACUGACCAGCUCCACACUUCUGUCUACUACACAGACACGAGAAUAGUUUUAAUCUUUUCAUCUCACUCUCUCCAGAAAACUAAUAAGUGUAUAUCCCAAAAUGUCAAGAGCAUACACAUUCGGUCAAGUAAUCAGUUUGAGUAAAGGCAGAACAAUGUGAUCGUCACACACUCUUCGCUCCUCUCCCAUCGCUUCGUCUCUAAUAACUAUUUAUUUAAAAGGACAGCACACAUUCAUCAACAUUUCUGUAAAUGUGCCAGUGUUUGCCAGCUGGAUAAUUUUCAGAUGAUGAGAUGUUUCAAAACCUGUUGAGUGAUCUUGAGUCACAACAGUCCUAAAAGAACUUCAGUACUCACGCCACAGCGUUAAGGGACUGCCCCAACUCAAGACAGCUAACGAAGCCAGCUAUCUGCCAUGCUGCACACUGAAAAUACCCUUUUGGUCAGUGUUGUGAUAACUCCUACAUUUACACCCGACAUUUUACACACAGUGUAAACACAAAAACAAUCAAGUUAGUUCAACUGUUGCCCAGCCCUAGUAUCAAGUAGACAUUUCUUUGCUCAAAAGAGUCCACUGCAUUGGUUAUCGAUAGUUUUAUCAGCAGAUAAAUAUAUCUGUCCUGGCCUGUUUCUCAUACUGCUAGCUGGUUAAAAACAACCCAAACUCCAAAUGUAAAGGAUUCCCUUUAAGUCUCAGUAAUUGCUGGGCGGCCCCAUGGUCUCCUGGGUGUCUUUGCCAGCCGCAUGGUGGUGUUUUGAAGCAUUUCAAACCUAACGAGCUGGGUUCACUGGAAACUGGGCUUCGACCCAGUUAAGACAUGCCUUGUUGUUGAAACGAGCCGUUUCCCUAGCGUUCCCCGAGGCAAAUGAAAGCACUACUGGAAUCACGGCCGUUCGUCUUUGCUGCACUUUAAAUAGCAGAGUAGGCACAGUAUCUCAAGCUGCGUCGUGGUUUGGUCUCUCACAUCGUCGUCAGGGAACAGCAGAGAUAAGCGAGCUGUCACUUCACCUCAGACUGCAGGGUAGGAGAUUUCCAACAAUCUUUUUUUUUUUUUUUUUAAACAAACGUGACGCUCAAAAUGUUGCUCCCCUCAUAACAUGACACUAUAACCGUAUGUUCUGCCAUCCGCCAUCUUUAUUGUGGUGUUUUUGUUGUGUGCAGUACAAGAGAAGCACAGUUAAGUCUGAAGCAAAUAAACCUGGAUGACCAAUGAGAGGGCUAGACUGGUGCGACAAGGGAACAGGAUUGGACGGUGCUAGCAAAAGGGGGGACCUGUAUGAAAAUGCUGGAUGGGUCCCAUCAACACUGUUCAGUCUGCGUUUAUUGGGAGUAAGAACAGAGGAGGAGUAGGAACGAAGAAACACACACGUACAUGUGCACACAGUCACGAUCACACUGCCGAGCGCCGAUGCAGAGAUUCACGUUCAUAUACACAGGGUCCCUCUGCCAUGCAAUAACUGUAGCACUCUCUUACACGUGGUUAAUGUGAACAACACGUAAACAUAUUCAAUAACUCUAAUGUCCUCCAGGUUUAUUUUCAACGUGUUUACAUUUUCUGGUGCCUAGUACAGAGGAAGAAAAAAAAAGUGGUUUCCGCGCAUUAAAAAAAUAUACAGGAUUUCUUCUGUGUUCAUCUCUGUCCAAUGACUCUUAACUGUAAAAGUACUGUUUUAUCUUCUUGGAAUUUGAUUUGUUUGCUCCUUUUUUUCUGUUCCCAGUUUUACAAGAGGGUCAUUUUAAAUAAAGCUGUUGAAUCCUG